GGUGGUGAGUUAGUGCACAUACAACCGGAAGCCACCUCGGCAAUGCAGUCUGUGAGAAGGCUUGGUUGGCUACCGUGACCAGGGGUGAUGCACUUGGUUAGUCCCUGGGCAGCCAAAGAGACGUUAACAUGCUUGUUCAAGAAACUUGCUUCACCUAGCCUUUGAGGUAGAUUGAAGUUGGGGGCUAAAGUAAAGGUUCAGGUAAAGAGGUGCUAAUGUGGCAAAGUGGUCGUACUCCCCUCCCCCGCUUGGGUGAUGACCAUAGAAAUUGUUCAGAAGGAGAAAGUCAGAAGCCUUUUGCUUGCUUGGCAGUUCUUCUCCGUGUGGGAAAUUGAACUAAUGGAAACGUUCCUAUAGUGUACAUUUUGCCUGCGAGUAGUCUGUCUUUAUUGGCCAUUGCUUUCAGCGGCCAGUUGAUGCAAGAACGCUGAAUGAAGCACCAUUGUGUUUUGAGUUCAUUUUUGUGGAAGAACAUUUUAAAGGAAGGUUUUCCAGAGAUGAUAAAGGUUGCUGCUAUGCACCUUUAGUUUACGUUUAUACUUAACUCUCCCCCACCCCCAAAUCUUAAGCGUCAUCUGUUUCAGUGGUGCAACUCUCUUCACUCUCUUCAUUUCUUUUCGGUUACCAGUCACCUUCAGGCCAUUCAGUGGAGGGACAAGUGGGAAAUAUGAAGUCAGCCAAGCCCCAUGUGACCCACAGUCAGCACGGGGAAUGCCUGCAGGCCCUGAGCCCUCUGCAGUCUACUCUCAGUUCUGCUUCAUCUCCUUCCCAGGCGUAUGAAACGUAUAUCGAUAAUGGACUCAUAUGCCUUAAACACAAAAUUAGAAACAUCGAGAAAAAGAAGCUCAAACUGGAAGAUUAUAAAGAUCGCCUAAAAAACGGAGAGCAGCUUAACCCAGACCAGUUGGAAGCUGUGGAGAAGUAUGAAGAAGUACUACAUAAUUUGGAAUUUGCCAAGGAGCUUCAGAAAACCUUUUCUACACUGAGCCAAGAUCUACUGAAAGCUCAGAAAAAGGCCCAGAGAAGGGAGCACAUGCUAAAACUUGAGGCUGAGAAGAAAAAACUUCGAACUAUACUUCAAGUUCAGUAUGUAUUACAGAAUUUGACACAAGAACAUGUACAAAAAGACUUAAAAGGGGGCUUGAAUGGUGCAAUGUAUUUGCCUUCCAAAGAACUUGACUACCUCAUUAAAUUCUCAAAACUGACCUGCCCUGAAAGAAAUGAAAAGCUGAGUGUUGAAGACCAGAUGGAGCAGUCAUCCUUGUACUUUUGGAACCUUUUGGAAGGUAGUGAGAAAGCAGUGGUAGGAACGACAUACAAACAUGUGAAAGAUCUGCUGUCUAAGCUGCUCAACUCAGGUUAUUUUGAAAAUGUCUCAGUUCUCAAAAAUUCUAAGGAAAAAGAGGAAGAAAUGCUAAUGCAAUCAGGAAAGAAGAAACAAUUACUGAAGACUGAAUCUAUCAAAGAGUCAGAAUCUCCUGUGGAACUCGUGCAGCCUGAGAUACAACCACAGGAGUUUCUUAACAGACGCUAUAUGACAGAAGUAAAUUAUUCAAGAAAACAAGAAAGUGAGGAACGAUCUUGGGAAGCAGAUUAUGUGAGAAAACCAAAUCUCCUCAAAUGCUGGAAUAUGCUUCCUGAACCAGAUGGUCAACAGAAGAAGCAGAAGUCCUCCAAGUCUUGGGAGUCUUCUGUCAGGUCCCAGGAGGUACCAAAAUCCAUGCUUCAGCCUAUGGACUCUUCCUCCCCCUUUCCAAAGGAUCCUCUAUUGAGGAAAGAAAAACUGCAGGACCUCAUGACCCAGAUUCAAGGAACUUGUAACUUUAUGCAAGAAUCUGUUCUAGAUUUUGACAAACCCUCAAGUGCAAUUCCAUCGUCACAGUCGCCUUCAGCUUCUCCAGUUUCUACAGUAUCUGCAGAACAAAACUUGCCCAAUCAAAAUGAUUUUCUUCAAGAGCCAUUACAAGUGACAUCCUCAGUUACUUGUAGCUCAAAUGCUUGCUUGGUUACUACUGAUCAGGCUUCUUCGGAAACUGAAACAGAACUUAUGACCUCAGAGACCUCUGAGAUGGCCGUUUCCACAAGUAAGCCAGCAUCUGCACUUACUUCUCCAAAUCCCCCCUUGUCAAAGGGCUUCCAGUUACCUCCUGCAAGUGGAAUCUCAGCAUCCAUUAGCACAGCACCCUUUCAAGCCUUGCAGACAGUGUUUAAUAUUAACGCACCUCUCCCUCCACUGAAAGAACAAGAAAUGAAAGAAUCCCCUUGUUCGCCUGGCUACAAUCAAAAUUUUACUUCAACAAGUACACAGACAAUAACCCAAUGCCAACUCCCAGCUAUACACAUAGAACAGACAGCCCAACCUCCAGAGACCGGGUACCAUCCUGAUGGAACUGUUCAAGUAAGCAAUGGCAACCUUGCCUUUUACCCAGCACCCACGAGUAUGUUUCCCAGACCUGCUCAGCGUAGUCAGGCAUCUGUGAGAGGAUGUACACGUGGAGGGAGGUUACUAAUGAAUCCGUAUCGGUCUCCUGGUGGCUACAAAGGUUUUGAUAGUUAUAGAGGACCCUCUUCAGCUUCCAAUGGGAAUUACAAUCAGCUGCAGCUGCAAGCUAGAGAAUAUCCUGGAACACCUUACACUCAGAGGGAUAAUUUCCAGCAAUGUUAUAAAAGAUCAGGGACAUCUAGUGGUCUUCAGGCCAAUUCCAAAGCUGACUAAUGUUAAAUGACCUGUGAAACCU